AUGAAAUUUUUGACGACCAAUUUUCUAAAAUGUUCUGUUAGAACAUGUGACACAAGCAACGACAGUUUUCCUUUGCAAUACGAUGGAUCCAAGUGUGAAUUAGUUCAAGAUGAAAGCAUCGAGCUCAAUCCCGAAUUUCUUUUGAACAUCUUAGACAGGGUCGACUGGGAUGCUGUGCUUUCUGUUGCAGCUGAUUUAGGUAACACCACACUUCCCCCAAAUAAGCCGGUGUUCAGCUCUACUUCCGUUGAUGAACUAAAUGAAGAUGAACAAGCUGUUUUAAGAGAUUUACACGUUUUACUUGUCCAAACUAACAUUGUAGAAGGUGAAAUGAAGUGCAAAAACUGUGGCCACAUCUAUUACAUCAAGAAUAGCAUUCCAAACUUAUUGUUACCACCUCACUUGGCUUAG